AUGCCUAACGAAGUUGAUCCAGACGAUACUUUGAAACUUAAAAUUAGUAAACUCCUUUCUCUCCCUCGAAAAAACGGACUGCUGUCGAUACACGAUGCUGAUAUUGACGAUUUGGCAAAACAACGUCCUAGGAACUACUCCCUCAUUGUCCUUAUUGGUACCGAAGUUAAAGAUUGUGAGGGUUGCCGCAUUACUCGUGAAUUUUUGGAAAACAUCGCCUCGGGCUGGGAGGCAAAGUCGCCCUCACCCAGUGAUUUAUACUUUGCCUCCUAUGAUUUUUAUUAUGACCAGGCACUUAUAAAGGAGUUUGGCAUCGAAAAGGCACCACACAUGAUUCAUUUUCCUCCUACGCGUUACCCUUCCAGAGCAGACCAAGUCUCUGACGGUAACGUGUUGAUGUCUGAGGAACGUCUUGUUAACUGGAUACGUUUGAGGACGGGACAUGCUAUCGUCCCUUAUGUUCGGCCAGAUUAUACAAAGGUCAAAGUUGCUGGUGUGGUGGCUAUCAUUAUUGGACUUCCACUUGUUUUUGGUUUCGUAACGUUCCGCACCAUGUCGGCAUUCGUCAGCUUGGGCGUGAUCCUGAGCAUGCUCUCCGGCGCCAUGUGGAUCUCCAUAAACUCACCGCCCUGGGUCAUGUCAGAUGGUAGGAAGACCCAUCUUUACUACCCCUCCCGUGGAGCCCAGCUGGCCUUUGAGGCAGUCAUUAUCUUCAGUUUAUGUAUCCUUUGUGGUCUUGGCCUCCUAACGGGUGUGUUUGGAGUGACUAGUGAGGGAGAGGGGAGGGGUGGAUAUUAG